CAUUAUAUGAUAUGAUAAGAAUUUCAUUCAUUCAUUUCUAUCUUCUCUUGAAUCUCUUCCCAUCUCUACUUUCAAGCUUCUCAUGCGAGUACCUACCCACGCUCAAUGAUAAACUCAUAACCAUUUCAUAAAUUACAUAUUCAUAUCGUUCAUUCAUUUAUUCCCUCCCUCCAUCACUUCUGCUCUCCUCUCAUGAUAGGAGACUUUUCCCAUCCAACCGACCCAAUCAUUCAAUUAAGAAUUGAUUAAUCAAUUAAUUAAAUCAAUUGCCUAAUACUUUCUACUCUCUGCUUCAUCUAGAUUUCACCCUGUGCCCCCAUACCUCCUACCAAUUUUGAUAUUGAAUUAAAUUGAAUAGGAAGAAAGGAAAGGAGAGGAAAGGAACGGUUGAUUUAGUAUUCAUUCUUAUUACUCGUCGUCAAUUCAUCCAUCCAUCCAUCCAUCCAUUCGACCAUCCAUUCAAUCACACCACAAUCGAUUCAAUACUACAUUCUUUUCGUUCCAGAACAUUAAAGGCUUACCUUGCCUAGGUCCGGUACAGCUAAGGGGGGGAAAAUACCCGACAACCAGUCACCAACCACACUCUUUUCCAUAUCAAUUCAAGGAAACUUCGCCGUGAGCCAUUCACAAAGCUUCUUCUUACACAUUCGUUCAACCACCUUCCUGGAAAAGAUUCCAUCGAAAGUAUCCCGUCCUUGGUGGUGCAUAUGCAAUACAUAUAGCUACUGCAAUACAAUAUACUUACGAGACUACUACACCUCCCCACUCUUCCCAACCUCUUCAUCCAAGCUAUUCCCCGACUUUGAUAACAACACGUCGAAGAUACAAGGAUCUGGGGGAUUGACUCUCAGAUAUCUACUUCCCCAUCACGAAUUCAACCAUUCACGCUUCGUUGUUCUACCCAGGAUUUACCUUUUUGCGAAUCAUUGAGAGUUUGGAGGAAUUAACUUUACUUGUGGCCAUCAUACUUUAUGCAAUACAGUCUUCAAUUCGCCUUCCAGUUUUGAUUUCACUCUUCCUUACACCUUUGGGAAAUCUGCCAAUACUUUUAUUGUCUUACGCUCGCUCAAAGAAUAUCGAGAAACUUCUCGUUGAUCCUCGGAUGAAUAUAACAAUUGCUGUCUUGAAAUAAAUAUUUUCUUUGUUGUACGAAAAUCAACAAUUGAAAUACUAGGUACUCAAGUACUAUCCUUCGAUCCCGAACAAUCCGCAUACUGCAACAUAUACGAAUAAUUCCAAGAAAGUAAUUCACUAUCUUCCAACAUAAACCGCCAAUAUGAACGUCGGCAAGAAAUUUGGAAGAGUCAAGCAAUGGGCUGGAGAGAAGAUGGGACAAGAGUCCAAGACUGAAGUUUCGGACGAAUUCAAAUCUUUAGAGGGAGAAAUGCAAAUGAGACAUGAGGGAAUGGAAAAGUUACAAAAGUCCAUGACGAUUUAUGUCAAAUCACUUUCGAAGCGGAACGAAGGAGAUGAUAGAGAAAAGAUCUUGCCAGUAGCAUUCAUGGGACAAACAAUGAUACACCAUGGUGAAGAUUUUGAACCGGAUUCCGACUUUGGAAAUUGCCUCAUCGCUAUGGGUAGAACAAACGAGAGAAUCUCGAGACAGCAGGAUACAUAUGUUGUGGACGCAACUUCGAGUUGGCUCGAAUCCUUGGAGAGAUCUUUGGCUCAAAUGAAGGAAUAUCAGUCUGCCAGGAAGAAGCUCGAACAAAGACGAUUGGCUUACGAUGCCUCCCUUUCCAAGAUGCAAAAGGCGAAGAGAGAAGAUUUCAGAGUCGAGGAAGAACUCAGAUCACAAAAAGCGAAAUAUGAAGAAUCUAGCGAGGAUGUUUACAGAAGGAUGCAAGAUAUUAGAGAGGCAGAGGCGGAAAGUGUUCAAGAUUUGGGAGCAUUUUUGGAAGCCGAGCUCGAAUACUAUGACCGUUGUCGUGAUGAACUUUUGAAAUUGAAGAGGGAAUGGCCAGCUGCACGAGGAUCAGCGGCACAACCACCUCGUCAACCUAGACGCCCAGAAGCACGACCUCGGUCAAAUACAGCUCAUUCAUACAGUGAGAGAUACUCCACAUAUGAAGAACCUAUCCCAGAGCUAGAAGCUCCACGUCCGUCUAUCCGAUCCAAUACUCCUCGUGUUAACACAACUCGAGUUGCCUCGACAUCAGGAAUUGGUAGAAGAGAGGAUCGAAGAGAAGAGUAUUCCCCUCCAAGUUCCCCACAACGCCCAACAAUCGGUCGAUCAUCCACAUUCCAAGGCCCAACAACUCACUACCGCGAAUCUCCUUCCUCAAAUCGUCUUAACACUCUACCUCCUCCUUCAGAUGCUGGUUCUUUACGCGCAUCUUUAAGACCAACUGCCAGGACUAAUAUCAUUUCAGCUGAUUUGUUUAAUGACCCGAGUGACGAUUCAACUCUUAAUAGCAAUAGUCCAGAUAGAUCAUACGGUGCAAGAUCAGUCAGUCCAGCUACUAGUCAUGGCAGUAAUUCUACGCCAAACUCGAGAAGAGCUCCCCCUCCUCCUCCCAGUAGAGCCAAGAAACCGGCUCCUCCUCCUCCUAUGAAGAGAGCGGAUAUGACUUCAGUUAGUGUCAACAGUCAUUAUUAGGGAAUGUCAUUGUUGCUUGAGCGGUAGUACAUACAUAACUGGAACAUUUGUCGUUCAGUAUUUCGGACGAUUAUGUUGUCCACUUCUUUGCACAUACAAUUUCUUUUUUAUAGUUCCUUUCUUUUGUCUUCUUGUUGGAGUGAGAAGAAUGCUGUGUGUGGAUAAGCGGAGGUCAUUUCCAUUCAGUAAGGAUACGGCAUAAGGAGAAAUAGUAGGAGUAAAACAAAGAUUGAGUUUUCCAAGAAGUACAAAAAAUACCAUGGUAGUUCAAUGUUGUUUUAAAUUGAUUUAGGUCUGUUCACUUGUUUGUCUUUCCCGGGCGUUAUUUUUUGGAAGAGAGCAAAUAGGAAUAGGUUAUGGAUGUAUUUGAAGGGGUUGCAUGGGAGAAGGAAAAUUGGAGAUUGUGCGGUAGCUGGUAUAGUGAUUGAUUGCUAAGAUAGGAUGAGGGAAAGCGGUAUAUGGGAUCACUAUGCCUCAAUAUGGAGUACACGCACAAACUGAAAUGAGGAGAUAAAUGAUAUGUAGAGAGCAGAGGGCUAGUGGAUGAAACGUUGGUGGUGGAUGGCAUCGAAUAGCGAAAAAAUCCGAGGACUUAAGUAUAGAAUAGUAUUUUAUCGAUUAAGUUUCCCGAAUCUGUGUUGUGUUGGAAACUUAUUCUGUGUUCAUGAUUUUUGGUGUCAUCGAGGUUAAGAGUCUUU